UCGUUCUGUGGAUCAUAACCAGGAAGCAGGAUUUCUCCCGGAAUCGUACUCCCGUACUCUAAUUACCAUGAUGGAAAUUUCCCAAGGCGGAGUUCAAUCCAGAUUCAAGCGUGGGUCGACGAACUAAAACAAUAAUCGCUUGUUAUUGAAGAGCCUGGCACUGUCGUCUGCUUCUCUUGCCGCUGAUUCCCGCGUCUUCUCGCACAUGAGUGGCAGAUACUGAUGCGGCACUCCACUUGUAUGAGCAACAGUUCGUUCCUCUCCUGGCGUUUAUGUUCUUCAGCAAAAUGGCGACGGUGGGUACGGUAUUGAUUGAGAGGUGCUGUGCCGACAGGAGGAAUUCCUAGUCUCAGCAAGACGGGCUCGUGUAGAAGGGCAUUUCAACAUGAUGGACAGCAGGGUCACAGAAGAGAUACAGUUAAAACUGGACCUGGUAGCUGCUUCAUUAGAACAGUUGGAAUUUUUGGCUGAGGUUGACAUGCAUCCCUGUCUGUAUGAAGAAAAAGGCCCAGUGCUUCAGAGAGCUAUCUUCAGAUAUGAGAAAUUCUGGCUUCCACUCGUCUGUGAACACCGGGAUACCAUCCUGACCCCACCCCUGGAUAUUGGGUGGGCGUGGCACUGCCACAUGCUGGCUCCAGUUGCAUAUCAAGAAGAUUGCCUGAACCUCUUUGGCCAUGUUCCUGAUCACAUCCUAGGGAAUGCGAGGAAAUCACCUAUAGAAGUCAAACACAUGUGGGAGGUUAAACAUGGCAGGGAACCGUUCGAAGUGUCUCUGAGACCUGACCUCAUGGCCCAGGAUUUUACCUUUAAAUCCGCGCUGUCAUAUGAUAUUGCAGCUGCAGCAUCUCGGCAGAAGUCCUUCUACUAUCAAGUCUCACUUCCCCAUUUCAAAGACCGCAAGUACCUGCAACAUUCAUUGCGACGUUAUUUGAAGUUCUUGUUCCUGAAGAAGCAGCAUCCUGACAAUUUCCUGGUUCCUUGUUACGACAUUGACAUCAUGUGGCACAGCCAUCAGCUUCGCCCGUCUGUGUACAAGGCCGACACACAACGUCUCCUUGGUCAGCUGUACAACCACAAUGACUCCGUCAAUGAACGACACGAAGGCUCGCGACUGAACAAGGCUGAUCAGUUCACCAGAACGCAAUGGAAGAACACUUUUGGUGAAAGUUUCUCCAACUUUGGCUCCAUGUAUCGUGGGGAACCCCCAACAGGUAAACUGUACGCUAUGACGGACUCGGAGAUGUUUGGUGUGUGUACUAAGGUAGCAGUGAUCAGAGUGGGAAAGGUAGCAGUGAAUGUUCCCAACUUUGACGGCAAGAUACAAUUAUCUGCAUACACUGCGCCUUAUGCUGAAAAAGGUUUGCCAUUCUUGUCAUUUGAAGGCCAAGACAGAGAAUGGAACAAGGAUGGUGACACUAAGGUAGUCUUCAACACAAUAUGCCACAAACAAUUGAUAUUCAUUGUCAAGUACGCCAAGCCGACAAUCCUCUGUUGCAGCAUGACGAAGAAGAUAGGAGAGGCUUCCCAAGACACCAUUUCAAUUGUAGAGCACCUGGGCACAGAAGAGAAGGUCUUCACUGAAACUCUGGACAUAAUUUCGGCCUCUCACCCUGAUAGUAAAGUUUCGCUGGAUAUGACCUUCACACCUUCUGUACCAGGAAAGGGCAUGUUCUUCAUCAAGCGAGGUCCAUUCUGUUUGAGGACAAUGCCUGAGAACAUUGAACAAAUGUGGGGACCAAUACCAUUGUCCAAGAAGCCGACAGGAUCCAAUAACGUCCGAGUAGGAACCCACAUAAUAAGGAAUCACUUGAACGAAGAUGUGUUCACAGUUCGGGUGAUCCACUGCGUGCAGUACCUCAUGUCUGCCAUACAGAUAUUCUACAAGGACAAGAUGGCUGCUGUAGCUCACCUGAUCGCCUCCGACCAACUCCCCUUCCCGUCACAGGUUGGGAAGAGUGAGAAGUGUGUUUGCCUGAACGCCAAAGACGGAGAAAGGGCUGUCCUGAUCAAGAACCACGGAGGAGACUGGGCUAUAGUGACGGGGAAAUGGACGGGACAAAGGAAGGGUCGGGCCGGGAUUCCUGGCACAUCUUCCAGGAAAGCAGUACCUGGUGUGAAGGGCUCCCCAGGAACACUUGUAGUGAAGAUGUUUUCUCUCAAAGAAUCAACAUGCUUCAGACAGACCCUCAGCUACCACGGCGGUAUUUACAAGUUUAAACUGAGCGACAUCAGCGUGGACCAAACCCGUGGUACCGUGUUAGUGGACCCCAGCACCAAGAAAAUAGCUGAGAACCUUGCUCUGGCAUUCAGUGUGUCCUUACUGCACGUUCUGUGUCAGCCACGGCCCGCAAACUGGAAGACUGGGCGUACAACUAAACCAACCAGUGCCAGGGGAGAUAAAUCAGUCGGGUAUGUACCUUCUGAGGACUUUCCAAUAGUCAUGGCCACAGGAUACCUAGAGGAAACACCCUCCAACUUCUACAUCCGACAGCAGUACGGUCCCACGGUCUGCAGCGGGUGUGGCGGGUGCAUGGGGUACACAGGGGGAGACGACCAUGGGUUUAUGGGGGAGAUGCCAGAUGCAACCGAUGGCGGAGACGUGGGGGCUGCUGGUUUGUGUGGCGGUGAUGGCGGUGAUGGCGGUGAUGGUGGAGGUUGUGGAGGUUGUGGUGGGUGUGGAGGUUGUGGAGGUUGUGGAGGUUGUGGUGGGUGCGGUGGUUGUGGUGGGUGUGGAGGGUAAUUUUGGAUCUUAGGGGCUUCUGGGAAAAGAAGGUUUCUAGUGUUUGGGAUUGCAUUGGCGACACAGACAAUAGUUUCAUUGUCAUCGCGUACACGAUUUGAGGGAGUUGACAAGCUGUUCAUGUUUGCGUACAUGUAUCGCGUUUAAAAGGACAUAAAUAUAUAUAUAUCCAUGUUGAUUGUAGAAUUAUAUAACCUUCAACUAUUCCAUUUAUGGUUUACGAUAUAUCUAACUGUGUUGUUUGAGAAGGAGAUACAAACUAUUUAGCCGUGUGUUAUAUAGACACAUCAAUCUGUCAUCCUUUAACUUUGUAUAAACUGCAAUAACCCACAUGCAUAUAACCUUGUUACUUCAAAUUUCUCUACAUCACGUCUCUUGAUAACGGUGUUAUCUUUCCAUUCAUUGUAAUAAUGAAGCUAUAUGUGCUAUGUAUACUAUGUAACUGUGUGUUGUAAGGAGGACAUACCAGCUAUGUAGCCAUGUGUUACAUGGAGGAGAUUUAAACUAUGUUACCAGGUGUUACAUGGAGGAGAUCCAAACUAUGUAACCGUGUGUUACAUGGAGGAGAUACAAACUAUGUAACCAUGUGUUACAUGGAGGAGAUACAAACUAUGUAACCUUGUGUUACAUGGAGGAAAUACUAACUAUGUAAGCAUGUGUAACAUGGAGGAGAUACAAACUAUGUAACCAUGUGUUACAUGGAGGAGAUACAAACUAUGUAACCGUGUGUUACAUGGAGGAGAUACUAACUAUGUAAGCAUGUGUUACUUGGAGGAGAUACAAACUAUGUAACCUUGUGUUACAUGGAGGAAAUACUAACUAUGUAAGCAUGUGUAACAUGGAGGAGAUACAAACUAUGUAACCAUGUGUUACAUGGAGGAGAUACAAACUAUGUAACCAUGUGUUACAUGGAGGAGAUACAAACUAUGUAAGCAUGUGAUACAUGGAGGAGAUACAAACUAUGUAACCAUGUGUUACAUGGAGGAGAUACAAACUAUGUAACCGUGUGUUACAUGGAGGAGAUACUAACUAUGUAAGCAUGUGUAACAUGGAGGAGAUUUAAACUAUGUUACCAGGUGUUACAUGGAGGAGAUACAAACUAUGUAACCGUGUGUUACAUGGAGGAGAUACUUACUAUGUAACCAUGUGUUACAUGGAGGAGAUACUAACUAUAUAACCGUGUGUUACAUGGAGGAGAUACAAACUAUGUAACCAUGUGUUACAUGGAGGAGAUACUAACUAUGUAAGCAUGUGUUACAUGGAGGAGAUACAAACUAUGUAACCAUGUGUUACAUGAAGGAGAUUUAAACUAUGUUACCAGGUGUUACAUGGAGGAGAUCCAAACUAUGUAACCGUGUGUUACAUGGAGGAGAUACAAACUAUGUAACCAUGUGUUACAUGGAGGAGAUCCAAACUAAGUAACCAUGUGUUACAUGGAGGAGAUACAAACUAUGUAACCUUGUGUUACAUGGAGGAGAUACUAACUAAGUAAGCAUGUGUAACAUGGAGGAGAUACUAACUAAGUAAGCAUGUGUAACAUGGAGGAGAUACAAACUAUGUAACCUUGUGUUACAUGGAGGAGAUACUAACUAUGUAAGCAUGUGUAACAUGGAGGAGAUACAAACUAUGUAACCAUGUGUUACAUGGAGGAGAUACAAACUAUGUAACCGUGUGUUACAUGGAGGAGAUACUAACUAUGUAAUCAUGUGUUACUUGGAGGAGAUACAAACUAUGUAACCUUGUGUUACAUGGAGGAGAUA